CUGUGCAGAAGAAUGGCCCAGUAUUAGCAGAGGUACACAAGCAUCAUUAUGACGACAGACAAUCAGAAUUCUGGUUAUCACGAUGCAUCAAAGGCAACAGAAUUCUCUGCUUUGAAACUGCCAGAAUUCUGAAGCCCAUAAAGAGCACUGACACAGAGAAUUCAUUUCACUCUGGGGAUUAACACUAGCUCAAACUCACACCAGUGACGGCACGUUGUCCUAAGAAAAGACAUUUUUCAGAGAGACCGCUUCGUCUUUGUUUAAAUUAUUGCAAGUUUGCAACUGCUCCUUGCACUGUAACGAUGGACGGAGGAGGAGAUGGACUGUGGAUUGGCUUUGAAAAUGGGCCCAUCGACAGAGAAGCUCUGGACAUACUUUUUAUGUUUUUCAACAAACAAGACGCGAGAGAAAGAGAUGCACAAGGACACUGGGAAGAGGUCUGGAACUUCAUACCGCCAUCUGAAGAACCUGGACCGGUCUUCCAACAGGACAACAACGUGGCUGCCGACGAGGCUCACCUUGCUCCACAUGCUGCUCCAGAAGAACAACCGCAGCCCAGUGGAUCCAGGCGGCGACCUCGUGAAGAAGAUGAUGAGGAAGAGGAGAGAAGCAGUCGACGAUUCAGAUGGUGGGAUGAAUUUGCCGAUAGCGACUCAGACAACGACUGGGACAGUGAGGACAGUGACGAAGAUGAGAGAGUGUCAGAGGAAGAAGACGAGGAUGAGGAGAGAAGCAGUCAAAGACCCGUGUCGCAGGAUGAAACUGCAGACCGCAACUCGGACAGCUUCUGCUCCCGUAAGGCUGGCGAUGAGGCUAAGGAUGAGGGAACGUCAGAGGAAAAAGAGCAGGACCCACUUCCUGAAAGAAAAAGAAAGAGAGAAAGUGAUGAGGAUGAGGAGAGGAGUGGUAAAAAACUCAAGUGGUGAGAUGUAGUUGCAGACAGCAAUUCAAACAGCAGCUGGCAUAGUGAAGACAGUGAUGAGGACUGCACAGGCUCUGAAGAAGAAGAGGAGGACUCACUUCCUGGAUUGCCAACAAGAAAGAGGGGCAAAUCCAGACCGUAACACCACCACUCACUGCGACAGAUACCUCCUCUACCUCAACCACAUGACAUCCCCUCCAUCCACCCACCAUCGGACCAUCAGCCCACUUUUGGCACCACCACCAGCUGACUGUCCCGGAGGGGGAUCCCUCUUUGAGUAGGCUCUCCCAGCGUUUCUUCCUGACUGCAAUGAGUACUGAAAUAUUCAACAUUCAAACAAGCAAUAUGUCUCCUGCAAGAAAUCAUUCAAUCCAUUUUGAAUGUCAAGUAGGUAAAAAAGGGAUUCCUUCCUGUUAUAA